GUGGGAGCAGCUCGUCGGGGUUUGCUGACUUCCACCCGAGGGGACGUCACCGUCAGCCUGGGCAAGACCGACCGCACCGGCACCAUCACCACCUCCGUCACCGCUGGUCACUGCAAACCGCCCCGAGCAACAAGCAAGCAAGCAUGGCUCCCUUUGAGAAAUCCAUGGAGAUGAUGCCCUUCAAGCAGAGGAAAUGCCUCGAAACAAGAAAAGAUGAAGUGUGCAGCAUUCGGUCUAAAUUCCCCAACAAAUUGCCUGUGAUUGUUGAACGUUACACUCGUGAAAAGACUCUCCCCCUGCUGGACAAAACAAAGUUCCUGGUCCCCUUUGAGCUCACCUUGGGUCAGUUCCUGUGCCUCCUCAGGAAUAAGAUCGACCUCGACUCCACCCAGGCUCUGUUCCUCUUGGUGGCGGAGAAGAGCAUGUCCUGCAUGUCCUCCAGCAUGAGGGAAGUUUAUUCCCGCUACAGAGACACCGACGGCUUCCUCUACAUCACCUACGCCUCGCAAGAAAUGUUCGGAGCACCUCGACCGGCAGCCAGUCCGCCCUGCUGAGCCAGAAGCAGAUAAAAUGAACUGAACUCUGGACCAAAAAGAGGUCAAUCUGAGCCAAGCCCAGGCUGUUUUUAUCCAUUUUUUUUGUUUCGUUUUUUGCCCCAAACUGCAUAUCAGCCUACCUCAUGAAGCUUUCUGGAUUUUUAAACAAAGCAAAUCACUUCAAGACUCGCCCUGAUGAUGUCUUUGUUUUAAACUGAUCGACAAGUUUUUGUUUUUGUUUUUUUUUCUGUUGCUCCAAAAACAGAAAGCAAAACAUCCGAAUUAUGAUUUCAUCCACCUGUUACGUGUCUCUACAGGUCAAAAAAUACCCGCAUUUGCCCUUCAGUUACCUCAGAAAUGUUGAGCUUCGAUGCAAACAAUCCUGCUAUCACAUCGCUGUAAUGCCAGUUCAGUGUCAAACCAUCAAAAACGGGGUCAACGUCUCACCAGUAAUCAGACUCCUUCUGAGCACUUAUCUCCCCUUCCCCCUCUCCUCUCUUUUGAUUGAUGGCCUCUUCGUCCUCGUCUUCCCUUUUUAAAAUGUGAAAUUGUGACUCUUGAGGCACUUGCAGAAAACACAGAUGUCAAUCUAAUGAAUGCUGCUCUGAUUUGUUCUGUGUCCAGCUGUCACUGUACCAAAAUAAAUCCUUUGUCCUUGUCCUUUUAA